AGUUUGAGUAUUAUAUCUGCAUGGUUUAUAUUUUCGUCUCUUGACAAUUAUGUAAACAAUGUUAAAAGUGAUAGAUUUGAGGAUAAAUGAAAGGUUUUUUUAAAUCAUCUUAAAUAUGUCAACAAAAAGAGUCCAAAGUGCUGGUUUAUUUAGAAGUCCGUCCAAUCAUAUUUCUUACUUAAAUAGCGAAAUAUGUCGUCUUGAAGAGGAGGCGGCCCAAUAUAAAGCAGAGAAUCAACGAACGAAUGAUAAAUUGAAUUGUUUGAUUUCACUUGUUAAGAACGCAUGGAAUGGGGAUCGAGCCGCCUCCAUACAUGUCGCAAAGAUCGUGGGAGCAGCUCCACCAGAAAUUGAUGUUGAAACGACCGAAAACAAUACAAUUGUUUUAACGGCCAAGCCCAAGCCAAAGGCGUUAAAUAAUUGGGCAUUGUUAACAAUUGGCUUAUUAAAUCGUGAAUAUAAGAAGAUUGAAAUGAGCAUUGCUAAAGAACAAAAUCUAAGAUUGGAACAACGACGACUGUACUUAGAGGAACAAUUAAUUGAGAAUCGACACUCCAAGAUGGCAAUUGUACCGCCAAAUUCACCAAGAACAGGAAAGCGUGAUGAACAGCAAAAGACCACUGCUAUACUGCAAAAUCACGAGAAAACUUUCACUAAAAGACAUAGAGCAGGAAGUGCUCCAGUUACAAGACCAAGGCAAAUUAGAGUUAAUCGACCUGCUUCCGCCCAAAAACAUUUGAACGUUCAACCUGUCUACGUAGCAGAUUUAAUUGUUCGUCCUACAACUAAUCAUAGAGUUGAUGAGGCCUUUCAAGCUGUGCAUGAUUUAACAAAAUGUGUGCAAAAGAAACGAAUUAUACCUCAAAAUGUUAGAAGAUUCUCUGCUGGAAGCGAAUCCGAAGUUAACGAAAAGAUAUGGACAAAUCCAAGUCGAUAUAAAGGAAAUUCAACAAACGCUUAUAAUAGCGAAAGCUUAUUAAAAGAUAUCGAUGGAAGUUCAAAACCUCCUAAACGUCCUGUCAGUUCUAAACAAAUGCUCGAAAAUGACAAAAGACGAUCAAGGCCUAAAAGUUCAAAGCCAUCAAAUGGUAGAGUAAUUAAAUUCGCCGACGAAAGCAAUUCAAAUGAUGCAUCUUCAAAUGAUAACUUAAACGGAAGAAAUGAAGAAAAGGUGCAGUUAGAAGAUAUUGAAACAAACUCAGAAAUUGAGAGAGAACUGAACGUCAACAAGAUGUCAGUUACAGUAAGAAAAACAGAUAUGAACGAUUUUGUUGAUGAAUUGAAAAAUAUGGAAAAAAUGGAAGAAGAAUUGAAAAAAAGUACAUAUGCUCUUCAGAAAAAACUUGGAAUUAUGACAGAAGGAAUGAUUCUCUGA